CUCGUCUAGAAAAUAGAUAUCACUCACACACAUUCUCUUCAGUCUUCUGCAACAUCUUCAAUCAACUUACUCAAAGUUACUCCUCCAAACAACUCUCAACCAAUUGUUCAUCAUGCGUUUCACCGGCAUCACCGCAGUCUUUCUCGCAGCUCUCGUGACCGACCACGUUCACGCCACCGAGCGCUGCACCAACCAGCUCACCAACGACUGGUCCCGUCGCUACGAGGCUUGGUCCAACAGCUGGGUCCCCAAUGCCGAUGCCGUCUGCGGCAAUCUCUGGUCUAACCUCGGUCAAUACCCUGAGUGCGCUGGUGUGAGCGACCAGUACUGUGGCUACGACAACAGCGGUUCUUCCCUCGUUUGGGCGUUUACUACUGGAAGCGGUUGUGAGGCGCGAUCGGUCAUGGAUUCUUGGUAUUGGGCUACUAAGAAUCAGUGGGGCAACAUUGAUUGCAGGCAAGGAUAGGCGGACAUGGGAUGUCACGGUGGCGGGGAAGGAAGAGGGUUCUGUUCGGAUUGAUAGGCACCUAAAGAUUGUAUACGUGCGGCUGAAGAAUGCCAUUGGCUGUAUAGGGUUACUAUAAUUCACACACUUAAUCAAGAUUUUGUACGAGCUUGAAACUGUUGUCAUAUAUACUGGGCUGAUCGAG